CUAAGAUUGAAAAAGCUGUAAUAACGGCGGUUUUCUCGUGCCAUUGCCACCAAAGUCUUGCGAUACUCUUGUGCCUACCCGCUCACAAAUUAUAAUGCAUACCGGUACUGCAGCCAGUCUAAUCCUUCUUCUUGUGGCCCACAUUAUACCGGCCGCGUGUGAUUGCAUCAAUCCUAUUGUGCGACAAGAAUGGAGGACGCUUUCUAAACAGGAGCAGCUAGCGUAUAUCAAUGCAGUGAAGUGCUUGAAAUCACAGCCAGCUCAGCUUUCAAAGUCCUAUGAGGGUGUGCGCUCUCGUUUUGACGACUACCAAGUCACGCACAUGAAUAACACUGAUUAUAUCCACUGGGUUGUAAACUGGUCACUUGAUGUAAAUACCGAGGCGGAAUUUCUUAGCUCGCCCGUAUUUGACCCCGUUUAUGGGUUUGGAGGAAAUGGAGCUUACAUUAAUACUUCUUCAUGGACGAACGUGUCUAUACACAUUCCGGGCAAAACAGGCGGCGGUUGUAUAUCUACUGGUCCUUUUGCGAACUUGACUGUUAAUAUGGGACCUGGUCUAAACUUUACAUAUAAUCCCCGCUGCCUGACUCGCGACUUUAGCCCAUGGUUUGUGUCCCAAACACUAAAUUCCAGUGUAGUAAACUGGGCUCUCAAGGCACCCAACUUCUACGAGUUCGAUAGACGCGUUGAGGGUGGCGUAACAGUAGCCGAUGCAACAUACCACAGUGGUGGACAUAAAGGCAUUGGCGGCGACAUUGGUGAGAUUAGUGACCUUUACUCCUCCCCUGGCGAACCUCUCUUCUACUUGCACCACUGUAAUGUAGAUCGGUUGUGGAACUUGUGGCAGCAUUUUGACUGGCUAAACCGAAAGUAUGAUAUCUCUGGACCAAAUACGUCAUACGCGUACCCUUAUGACUUUUUUGGUCCUAAACCCUACUAUAAUAUCACCCUCAACUAUCCGAUGGAUUUCCAGGGUCUCUUAACCACUAAAAGCCAGAUCCGGACAACUGGCGACGCGAUGGACAUCCAGGGUAAUGGACUAUGUUAUAAAUAUGCUUAACAUGACAUAUUAUCAGCGAUCUGUGAAGCUGGGUAGCCCAAAGGGCAACGAGCGCCUUUGUUCCGUUGCUCGGCUAUAAACCUAAUAGCGGGUCUUUGCAGUAUACAGCUUAGCUGUUUUACAGCAUUUUCCUUUAUGCAAAAACAAGGCUAUUUAUGUAAUUCUUCC